AAUUGAAUUCGUAGAUAGCUGUCCUGUCCAUAACUUUUAGUAGUAAUGUCUAUUGGAUCGUUUUGUAACAGUUUUUUUUUCUUUUUCUUUUUCCAAUUAAACAUCAAAUCAAGUAUGAAACAGCCUCAUAUAGGACGUAGCUAGUGCAGAUAUUAUGUGUAUAUUGGGGAAAAAACAAAAGAAAAGAAUAUACAAGAAUUUAAUUAAAAAAAUUAGGGGCAGUAGCGUAAUUGACGUAGUGAGUGGAGAGAGAGAGAGCAGUGUCACAAGGGGAGCUCCACCACCUCACACAUAGUAUUAAUCUCCUCUCCUCACAAAUUCACAACUCAACACUCUUUUCUCCGAGCACACGUAAACCUCAUAAACCUCUCUCUCUUUCUCUUUCUCUUUCUGUUUCUCUCUCCCUAAAUUUCAACUGACACAACCAGAAAAUUGAAGAAAAAGAAGAAUGGCCGUUGAGUUACCGGACGAUUUCAAAUGCCCCAUUUCUUUAGAGAUAAUGUCUGACCCCGUCAUCCUCUCCUCCGGCCACACCUUCGAUCGCGCCUCCAUUCAGCAGUGGCUCGACGCUGGGCACCGCUCCUGUCCAAUUACGAAACUGCCCCUGCCGGAACCCCCUUCCCUCAUUCCCAACCACGCCCUCCGCAGCCUCAUUUCUAAUUACACCCUCCUCUCCUUGCCUAAACCCCACCACCCCCACCCACCCAAUCCGCAAGCCCUAAUCCAGCUUUUGAUUUCUCCCUCGUCCCAGCUGGAGGAUAAGCUCAAUUCGCUCGACCAACUCAGCCGCCUCUGCAAGCGCGAUUCCGCGAUUCGCCGCCGCCUAGCCGAGUCGGGGGCCGUGUCGGCGGUUUUGAACUGUAUCGACUCGGGCGAGCCGGGCCUCCAGGAGAAGGCCCUUCAUUUUGUUCUGAAUUUGAGCCUGGAUGACGACAGCAAGGUAGGGCUGGUGGCCGAGGGAAUUGUGGGCAAGGUCGUCUACGCGCUUCAUUGCGGCGUUGGGGACUCACGCGCUGUGGCCGCCACCGUGUUGACCAGCCUCGCCGUUCUGGAAGUCAACAAGGUCACAAUCGGGUCCUACCCGGAUGCGAUUCCGGGUUUGGUAUCCCUCCUACAGAUGGGCACUUCAAGAGAGAGAAAGGAAGCGGCCACCGCAUUGUUCACGCUUUGUUCCUUCUCCGAAAAUCGGGUUCGAGCAAUUCAGUGUGGGGCGGUGCCAAUUUUAAUCCAAAAUGCCGAUUCGGGCCUCGAGCGGGCCGUGGAGGUCUUGGGCCUGCUCGCAAAAUGUAAACUUGCGCGAGAUGAAAUGUUGAGGUUUUGUGGGUUUUUGGAUAUUUUGAUAGGGAUUGUGAGCAACGGGAGUUCGAGGGGCGUGCAGUAUGCGCUGCUAACAUUGAGUUCCCUCUGUUGUUAUAGUGAAAAAAUGGGUUUAGAAGCUUUGAGAGAAGGGCUGUUUGAGACCUGUGUAGGGUUGUUGGAGGACGACAAUGAGAAGGUCAGGCGGAACGCCAAGAUGUUGAUUCAGAUAUUGCAAGGGAAGAGGAGAAAUGUAUGAUCUUGAAGAUGGAUUUAAUUCAAAAAAUUGAUCUUCAAGGUGAGUAGCAAGUUUUUGUAAUUUUAACCGUUGUUUGUAUAAAGAAUGACGUACCGAGGAAUCUGGUUCUUUAUUGUACACUUUCAAAUAAUCAGACGAUACAUAUGGCGUCUCCUGUUGUUGAUGCUCUCUCAAAAUACUAGAUACUCAAAGUUCAAAAUUUGCCAAUCAUCCAAAUACUAUCUCAGAUGACCUUGUUGAGUUUGAAUUUUAGUCUCCAACUCUGGUUGGUUUUGAAGCUA